AUGCACAUUGUUGCUGAGAUUUUGAAAGUUCAGGUGAGAGACUUACAAGAAAGGAAGCAAAUUCGAAAUGAGACUGUGGGAUUUUCGAGAAAGUAUCUUGAAGAACAUCUUCACCACUUAGCAGAAGAAGGGGAAUGGGACACUUUCAUUGAUGUGUUGGCCCUCACUAUAUAUGGCAUUCUCAUAUUCCCUAAUAUUGAUGAAUUUGUGAACUUUGCGGCCAUUGAUGUAUUUGUGGCACGCAAAUUCAAACGUGAAAACCCAGUCCCAGCCAUUCUUCCUGAUGUUUACUAUACCUUGAGCUUUUGUCAUGAAAGGAAAAGGAAGCGAAUCUUGUGUUGUUUACUAGUGUUGUUCAUAUGGCUCACUGCUCACAUGUUUUACAGAGGAUACAAAGCGGCUUGCCCGAUCGCUGAUUUUCGGAUGUAUCAGUUGAAAGCCAAAAGUGGUUGCGAGUGGGUGGAAACUUUAGCCAAGCUUGAUGGAAAAAGUGUUCGAUGGUAUCCUGAAUGGGCAAAAAUAGAAGUUUUGGUUUACCAAUGUGGAGAUUUUCCCAAUGUGCCUCUGCAAGGUACUCGUGGAUGUAUCAAUUACAAUCCAUCUUUGGCCUUGCGACAACUUGGUUACCCUAUGAAAGAAGCUCCUACUGAAGACAUGACAAUUUCUUUCCUCCUUUAUGAUCUGAGCCCUGAAAAUACCACAAUGAUCAAAAGGGUUCGAAAUGCGUGGGACAAGGUAGUACGAAAAGGUAAAGAAUUGGGGGUAAGAAGCUGUGAUUGCAAAGGAAACUAUCGUCAAUGGGUUAAAGACCAAGUUAAAGAAGUCAAGUUACCGUUCCAAACUUCUGUAACUCUUGUAGUUAGCGAAACACCAAUUCUCGAACCUAUUGAAGAUGUAGAGUUGAAAGAAGUGAAGGCUAGAUUGAUGAAGGUCGAGAUAGAGAAAAAGAAGCUAGAACAAGAGUUGGAGGAAACAAGGAAAACAUGUCGGGCAUUGGAACGAAAAAACAUUGAAAGAGACCAUAGUUUUGAAAGGACUAAUAAGAAGGCUAGAACCGAAGAACACCUCAAGCUCAAAACACAGGAUUGCUUAAAAGCGGCAAACAAGGAGUUGGGACUUCGAGGGCAAGAAAGGGAUAAGGCCUUGGCUGGAAACCAACAAAUCAAGAAGUCCCUUAGAAGCAGUAAAGCGACUGAAAAGGAUGCAUUAAGACAAGCGGCCCAUAUACAACAACAUAUGGAAGAAGUAGUGGCCGGAUAUCAGGAUAUGAUCCAGAGAGGGCAGGAAAAUAUGCAAAGGUUAAGAGACCAUAUUCAAGAGCGAGAAGAAGUCAUUGCUGAGGUUAGAGAAGAUGUUGCUUUCUAG